AUGAGUUCACCGACUAGAAUAUUGAAGCAGUACUUCAUUUCCUUUAUUUCUAUCAUAUGUUUCCUACAAGGCUGUGGUUGCAUAGUGCUAUUUCAAAUCGUUAUAUUAACAGUAUAUUCGAAACAUGAAAACAAAUUGAAACUCAGUUUGCGCAAAAGCAAAGAAGCAUUUAUAAUUUUAUUAAUGUGUGUCAUGAGUGUCAUUGCCCCGUCAUCAAUUAGAAUAACAACAGAUGAUAAAUCAAUGUCUUUGGAGAACUUCCGGUUUAAUAAACAGCUGAAACAUGUUGAAUCAAAUUUAAACCAACGCUCCAUCUUUAUAGCAAACCAUCAAUUAUAUACAGAUUGGAUUUAUCUCUGGAAAAUUGCAUAUACUUCAAACUUUGGAGGUGACGUUUAUAUCUUUGCGAAGAAAGCAUUGAAAAAAAUACCUAUUUUUGGUUAUGCAAUGACAAAUUAUAAUUUUAUAUUCUUGGAUAGGAACUGGGUUAAAGAUAAGAAUAUAAUAAUAAGAAAAUUAAUCUCAAUUCUAAAUUAUUCAACUAUUUCCAAUAAAAAUGAAAACGAUGCUAGCUCAAGAAAUUUGCCAUAUUGUUUCAUCAUUUUCCCAGAAGGUACAACUCUAUGCAAAAAAGCUGAAAUAAGAUCAAUGGAGUAUGCAAAAAAAUUGGGCAGACGAAAUUUUAAGCAUAUCGUAACUCCUCAUACAAAAGGGUUAAGGCUGCUUUUAACUUCAUUAGAUAAGAAUAUAGAAAAAAUAUAUGACCUUACUGUAGGUUAUUCCGGAUUAAAAUAUGGUACAUAUGGUGAAGAUGAAUAUUCCUUAAAGCAAAUGAUAUAUCAUGGGAAAUCACCUAAAUUGGUUGAUAUACACAUAAAGUCAAUCGAAGUAAAAGAUAUUCCAUACCAGGACGAAAAGCAAUUUCAAGCAUGGCUAUUUGAUUUGUGGGAGGAAAAAGAUAAAUUAUUAAAAGGGUAUUACCAACUUGGACACUUUGAUGUAGACCCUAAUUUUUCCACUACGACAAUAGAUCCAUUCAAAAUGACAUUAAAAGAGGUCAUUAUCGCAGCCGUUUUCAUAAUAGCAUCUGGAUCUAUAUUCUUUUAUCUCUAUUCAAAUAUUAAUAAUUUAAAGAUCUCUUACAUUUUAUAA